AUGGAGGACAUCGACUUGGGCCGAGACCGUUCGCAUCUCAUCGAUCUCAUCUACGGGAAGAGCAAUGGCUCGGAGAGUGUUUCGCCGUCAUUGGAAAGUCGCGAGACGUCGAUUCCGCUGAGCGACGCGUCGACGAAGCCGCUUAAGAAGAAACCGAAAUCCAACGCCGUCAAAGAGAAGAAGCCGGCAAAGAAGGUUGCGUGCUCAAAAGGCGUCUGCAUUUGCUUAUUCCUAUUCUUCGUGCUCGCCGUCCUUUUCGCCGCCUUCGCCGCCCAUUAUGUCACCAAACAGGAAUAUUCGAACAUGUCAGAUAGCGCAAAUGAGCCAAUUGUGAGCUGCAAGAAUUUUACCCGCCCCAAUAAGCGACCAUACAAGCCAAUAGUGAAUGAGGAAGACGCCGAUGAGAAUGACGUCGUCAAGACUCCAACGAAAGAGGAGCUCGCGCUCCCCAAGAGCCUCAACCCAGUAUGGUACAAAGUGAGUUUGACGCCGAAAGCUGGCGCUGCUGAUGGUGUCGCCGAGGUGAAGCUCAAAGUCGAAGAGCCGACGAACAAGAUUGUGUUGAACUCGAAGGGAAUCGAUUUCACCAAAGAUUUGGCGAAGAUCCAGAUUUCGAAAGAGACCACUCGAAAUAAGCGCGAUUCGGAGCCGGUGGCGAACACGAAAACCAAUCGGGUGAUGGCGGAAGGGUCCGGCGAGGAGCCGACGAUGGAAACCGCUGUUUUGGAAGACGCCGGCGUCAAAGUCACCGGAAUCGAAUUCGACGACGUUUUGGAGAAGGCGGUGAUCACGCUCGACAGGCCGCUCGCGAAAGGCGCCGACGUCGUCGUGAAGAUUCCGUUCUCGUCGCAAGUCACCGGCAACAACGGUUUGCGCGAAUACAAGUACUCGGUGGGCGAUGAGACGAGAAGCAUGUUCACCACACAGCCGAGCUACGCCUACCUUCGUCACAUCUUUCCGAGUUUCGAUCAGGAAUCGUUCAAAGCGCCCGCCGGAUUGACAUUGUCGCAUUCGAAAGGAUCGAAGGUGGUGGCGAAUACCGAUGUGACUACCGAUGAUGAUGGGGAUGCCUUGACGUCGACAUUGGGUAAAGUGAUCGAUCCUGACUUUGUUAUCGGCGAUCUCAAGUCCCAGCAAGCCAAUACCACUGGUGGCCUUGAGUUGAGAGUUUGGACGCGUCCCGAACUGGAGAACAGCACGCGGUAUGCUGUCGACAUCGCCAAUCAAGUGGUCGACGCUCUUGAGCAUCUCCUUCAGUCGCGUCUGGAUUCGAAGAGGCUCGACAUCGUCGGUGUGCCCGGCUUCGAGGCUGGCAAUCGUGUGAGUCGCUCAUUCAUUGUGGUGCCCGAAGAGGAGCUCGUCUACAACGAAGGCGGCAACGAUGUUCAGCAGAAGGUUCGGAUUGCGAGACGAUUGGCGAACCGCAUCGCCGCUCAAUGGUUCGGUGGCAUCACCAGUCCGGAAGAGGUCGGCACCUUCUGGCUCAACGACGCGCUUCCACGCUAUUUAGAGGUUGAGGUCCUUCAGAGGAUCCUCGGUGUCGAUUCCGACGAUUUGUGGACGUAUGAGAUUGAGCAGCUUCUCGAGCACGACGCCAAAGCGAACUCGGUGCCGUUGAGAGUCAAAAAUUUGUUCUCAUCGACCGAAGCGGCCAAUUUCGAUCACGUGUUUGUUGGAGGAAAAGGGGCGGCGAUUUUGAGAAUGUUGAGGAAGUCAAUUGGGGAUGAGUACUUCAACAAGGCCAUCAGAAAUUUCGUCACCUCCUACCGUACCUCGUACCCUUACGAUGACGGACUCUGGAAGUCGUUCGACAAAUCAUUGGGCGAUUCGGUGCGCGGAUGGAACAACGAGACGCUCGACGUCGGCAAAUUCGUUGCCACUUGGGUCGAUCAAAUCGGAUUCCCGUUGGUGGCGGUGGAGAAGCUUGACGGCGACAACGCCGAGUUGUCUCAAGAGCGAUUCCGGAACGACAGGAAGACGACGGAGAAGUUCAAAUAUCGCAACGCGAAAUUCUGGUUCAACUGGGAGGUUCCAUUGUUUAUGAGCUCCGCUGACAAGGCACAAUGGCUUCAUGAGGCGUUCAGAAUCCCAUUGAAGGAAUCUGAAACGAUUUUGCUCAACACCGACGCCAACGGAUUCUAUCGUGUGAAUUAUGAGGAGAAUCGUUGGAACAAUAUUGCCAACCAGCUCAAGAACAACCACGAGGAGUUCACACCGCGCACUCGCGCUCGCCUACUCGCCGAUUCGUUCACACUGGCCAACAGCAAGGUGAUCCCGUUCGAGACCGCGCUCAAUAUCACCCAAUACCUUCCGAAAGAGACCGCUGUGACGCCGUGGCUCGUCGUCGCCGACAAGUUUGUCGAGCUUCUCGAUCGCCUCGAAGGCACCACACUGCAGGAUCGCGUUAAUAAGUUCGUCGCUGACAAGAUCGAGGCGCAACUUCAGCGAGCAUUAGCGAGCGAUGAUGAGCCGGACUAUCUGAAGAGUGUGCUCAGGGACAAGCUGUUCGAUCUUGCCGCUCGCACGAAACCCGAGAGGUCCAACGCGAAACUCAAUGAGGUGUUCCAGACGGGAUUCCUCGCCAAUUGCGACGGCUCCAAGUUGAGCAGCGAGUGCUCCAAGGUUCCUGGAGACCUACGCGACAAGGCCUAUUGUAAUGGCGUCGAGUUUGGAAAUGACACGGUGUUCCGCACUAUUCAGACUUUGGCUCAGAAGGAGAUUGAUGGAAGGGAGAAAGAGGUGCUGGUGAAGAGUUUGGCGUGCUAUCGGGAUCCUAGAAGCUUGAGAAGGCUGAUUUUGGACUCAUUGAAUAGCACUAGCUUGACCGCUGAACUUCUCGCAGCAAUGAAUAAGCGGCCGGUUGGAAGAGAGGUGGCGACGAAUUUGAUAAUCGACAAUUGGUCGAAAUUGAAGAAGAAGUUCGCUGACGAUCCGGAAUCGCUGAACGAGAUCGUCAAAUCGGGAGUGGUUGUUGAGAAUGAGCGUGAGAAGAGCAUGAUCGAGACCUUCCUCGAUCAUCAUCAUAAGAGCACGUCGCCGAUAUCGGCGUUUGAUGAGAAGCUCGAAUCGGGAACAUCGAGCAUUUAUUGGAGAAAAGAGCGCACCAAUGAGCUCAAUGACUAUCUUGAUGGCAAAAUGAAGGGACCAUCGAGUUCGGGUGACGCGGAGAAUAGCGAGGAGAAUUAA